UGAUGGGAAGGGGAGCCCACGAGACUCCAGAGUCAGCAAGCCAGUUGAUCGACAAGAUUACUAUGAGGAGAGGAGUGAGCGCAACUAUGAUUGCUGCAGCGACUACGAUAACCAACGCAGCGACUACAACGACCGCCACAGCGACUACAACGACCGCCGCACAGACUACGACGACCGCCGAAGCGACUACGAUGACCGACGUAGCGACUACGACGACCGCAGCACCGACUACGAAGACCACAGAAGCGACUACGAUGACCAACGUAGCGACUACAACGACCGCAGCACCAACUACGAUGACCACAGAAGCGACUACGUUGACCGCCGUAGCAACUACGACGACCACAGCAGCAAAAACACAUUACAAUAAUCACAGCAGCGACUACGACAACUGCGACUACAAUGACCGCCGCAGCCACUACAAUGACUGCCACAGCGACUACGACCACAGAAGCAACUACGAUGACCACAGAAGUGACUACGAUGACCGCCGCAGCGGCUACGACGACCACAGAUGCGACUACGAUGACCACAGAAGUGACCACGAUGACCGCUGCAGCGACUACGACGACAACAGAAGCGACUACGAUGACCGCUGUAGCGACUAUGAAGACCGACACAGCAAGCACAGUGAACGCCAUGAGCGCUACUAUGACAACUGCCGCUUUCAUGAGCAAUGUUACACGCAGAGAUCGCAGAGAUCCUCGCUUUGAUGAUGACUGCUAUGAUGAUCGUGACAGACCCUAGAGGAACUGGAAUGAGGUGACCAGGACCAUCCAUGUGCAUGAAAUCAGAAGAUUCUCUGUUUUUUCUUUUUUUUAUCCAUAUACGCAAAUUAUUUACCUAAGAUUAUUUCCCUGGGAUUUUACAACUUAACACAAAACUUUUGCUUGAUCAUUCAUUAAUCAACAAGUAGACUGGGGGGAAAAGACCAGUUGCAGGGCAAAAACAAAUGAUGAGCUUUUCUGAACUGUACUAUUGAAUAUUGACAAAAAUGUAAUUAACACACAUUUUUUUGCUCAAAUUACGAUGUACAGUCAUGGCCAAAAGU